CAGGGGUGGACUGACAACUCAUGGGCCCCCCGGGCAAUAGGGGAUCAUGGGGCCCCUGUGUCCUCGCCCACACUCAAAAAAGCCUAUGAAAAAGGUACCAGGGGCAUCUCAUGGGGCCCCCUACUGACCCUGGGCCCUCGGGCGGUGCCCGAGUUUCCAAAUGGUCAGUCCACCCCUGGUCAGAUACUGUGCAUGUGAGCACAAUCAGAACUGAACAAGCUGCUACCAAGAGUUCCAAGAGACUGCAACUUACUUGUUGCUGGUGGAAACACAUUCCCUUCAACACAGUUUCAUCUUUUUUAUUUUAUUUUUUUUUU